CGUGCGUGGUGAAUUCAAGUGACACGUCAAACAGCCGGAGCGACAAAAAGUGUAAAGUUUUUAGUGUUUUAAUUAAGAAAAUUAUAAGGCAAAGAAGAAGGGGAAACGCGACAGAGAAUACCGACCGCCACAUAUACACUGCCGUUGCCAUAGCAGUCAUCAUUAAUCCUCCAGAGAACGCAAUCGGCCAAUCGGAGCAAGAUGACGUCGCAAGUGCCGUGUUACACGAUUAUAAACUCCCCGGACCUGGACGUCCCCAAUGAGAUGCAACUGAAACAGGACCUGGAGAAGGGCGACACCAACGUCAAGAUCGAGACCCUGAAGAAGGUCAUCAAGCUGCUCCUCAAUGGCGAACGAUAUCCCGGCCUGAUUAUGACCAUCAUCCGGUUUGUGCUCCCCGUCCAGAAUCAUACGAUCAAGAAGCUGCUGUUGAUCUUCUGGGAGAUCGUACCGAAGACCUCGGCGGAUGGCAAGCUCUUGCAGGAGAUGAUCCUGGUGUGUGAUGCCUACCGGAAGGACCUGCAGCAUCCGAAUGAGUUUCUGCGCGGCUCCACCCUGCGGUUUCUGUGCAAGCUGAAGGAGCCGGAACUGCUGGAGCCCCUGAUGCCAGCCAUUCGUGCCUGUCUGGACCAUCGGCACUCGUAUGUGCGCCGGAACGCCGUCCUGGCCAUCUUCACGAUCUACAAGAACUUUGACUGGCUGGUGCCGGACGGACCGGAGCUGAUUGCCAACUUUCUGGACACCCAGCAGGACAUGAGCUGCAAGCGGAACGCCUUCCUGAUGCUCCUCCAUGCCGACCAGGAGCGUGCCCUCAACUAUCUGGCGUCGUGCAUCGACCAGGUGCACACCUUCGGCGACAUCCUCCAGCUGGUGAUCGUCGAACUGAUCUACAAAGUGUGCCACGCCAAUCCCGCCGAGCGGUCGCGCUUCAUCCGCUGCAUCUACAACCUGCUGAACUCCAGCUCCAAUGCCGUCAGGUAUGAGUCCGCUGGCACCCUCAUCACCCUGUCCCUGGCGCCCACGGCCAUCAAGGCGGCCGCCAGCUGCUACAUCGAGCUCGUCGUCAAGGAGAGCGACAACAACGUGAAACUGAUUGUUCUGGACCGUCUGGUGGCCAUGAAGGAGCACGAGGGCAUGGAGAAGGUGAUGCAGGACCUGGUCAUGGACGUCCUUCGCGUUCUGGCCGCUCCCGAUAUCGAGGUUCGCCGCAAGACCCUGGCCCUGGCUCUGGACUUGGUCUACUCCCGGAAUAUCGGUGAGAUGGUGUUGGUCCUCAAGAAGGAGGUGGCCAAGACCCACAAUGUGGAGCACGAGGAUACUGGCAAGUAUCGCCAGCUGCUGGUCCGCACCCUGCACACCUGUUCCAUCAAGUUCCCCGACGUGGCCGCCAACGUUAUACCCGUGCUGGUCGACUUCCUGUCCGACACCAACGAGCUGGCCGCCGCCGAUGUCCUCGUCUUCAUCCGGGAGGCCAUCCAGAAGUUCCCAGCCCUGCGGGCGCUCAUCAUCGAGCACUUGAUCGAGGCCUUCCCCCAGAUCAAGUCCUCGAAGAUCCAUCGCGCCGCUGUCUGGAUCCUCGGCGAGUACGUGGAGGGGCCUCAGAUCCUGGAGGUGAUUGCCGUCAUCCAGCAGACCUUGGGCGAGGUGCCCAUGGUGGAGGCGGAGCAGCGUCGCCUCGCUGGCGACCAGACGGACGAGCAGCAGCAGUCGCAGGGCAACGGUGCCGGCGAGGGAGCAGCCACAACAUCUGGAUCUGGAACUGGAUCGGGCAAUGCCAGCAAUAAGGUCACAUCCGAUGGUACCUAUGCCACCCAAAGCGCCUACAGCUUGGCACCGGUGGCCAAGGCCGAGAAGCGUCCACCACUGCGUCAGUAUCUGAUGGAUGGAGACUUCUUCAUCGGUGCCGCAUUGUCCGCCACCCUGACCAAGCUGGCGCUGCGCUACGCCGAACUGGAGGCUGAGCCACGCGCCCAGAACCGUCUCACCACCCAGGUGAUGCUCAUCAUGAGCUCCAUCCUCCAUCUGGGCAAGUCCGGCUUCCCCACCAAGCCGAUCACCAACGACGACACCGAUCGCAUCUUUGUCUGCCUCCGGACGCUCAGCGAACGCACUCCCGAGGCCGUUGCCGUCUUUACUUUGUUCUGCCGGGAGGCACUCGGCAAGAUGCUGGACGCCCAGGCCGAUGAGGAUCAACGGGUGCUGAAGGAGAAGCAACGGGCCGCCGCCAAGGUCCAGCCCGAUGAUCCGGUACUCUUCGGCCAGCUGUCCAACGGGCGGGAUAACCAGCUGGGCGAGAAUGUGUUCGAGUCGAGCUUGAACCAGGCCCUGGCUGGAACCAAGAAUGCCCAGAUGAGCGACAUCUCGUCGCCGAACAACAAGCUCAACAAGGUCACCCAACUGACGGGCUUCUCGGAUCCGGUCUAUGCCGAGGCCUACGUCAAUGUGAAUCAGUAUGACAUCGUCUUGGAUGUCCUAAUCGUGAAUCAGACCAACGACACUCUUCAAAACUGCACCCUGGAGCUGGCCACCCUGGGCGACCUGAAGCUAGUGGAGCGUCCGCAUCCAGUGGUCCUCGCCCCGCACGACUUCUGCAAUAUCAAGGCCAACGUUAAGGUCUCUUCCACAGAGAAUGGCAUCAUCUUUGGCAAUAUAGUUUACGACACCGCCUUAAAUACGAAUGUUGUGGUGUUGAACACCAUCCACAUCGAUAUCAUGGACUAUAUCAUUCCGGCCAGCUGCACCGACACCGAGUUCCGGCAAAUGUGGCAGGACUUUGAAUGGGAGAACAAGGUGACGGUCAACACCAGCUUCACCGACCUGCACGAGUAUCUCAAGCACCUGCUGAAGAGCACCAACAUGAAGUGCCUAACGCCGGAGAAGGCAUUGUCCGGCCAGUGUGGCUUUAUGGCCGCCAAUAUGUAUGCCAAGUCCAUUUUCGGUGAGAAUGCUUUGGCAAAUCUGAGCAUCGAGAAGCCUGUAGAUGAUCCCGAAUCCAAGGUCACAGGACACAUACGCAUUCGAGCAAAGAGUCAGGGCAUGGCCUUGAGUCUUGGGGAUAAGAUCAGUUCAUCGCAGAAGCAAUCGGUGCAGGCGGCCUAGUGGAUGUGGAAAGGUAACUGGAACUGGAUGAUCUGGCCGUGGACGACCAGUCAUCAUCAGGAGCGACGCCUCUAGACUCUAGACCGCAUUCCGCAUCAACAAUUCUUCAAUUUAAAAAUCUAAACGUUACAACUUAUGCCUAAAACAAAAAAAAAAUGAAAGAAAAUUAUACAUAUAUUAUACCUUAGCCCCAAAAUGAUGGAAUUGGAAAGAGUA